AUGACUGACCACCCCCGCAUGCGCUUGAAUAACCUGAUUCAGGCUACCCAUGGAACUCAUGUCUUGAGGUAUGAGCAACGUGCAGUGGGAGAGCCUCAUGCCCCCGAGUGGACGGUGGUCGCCUAUAUUAACGAUAGAGAGUAUGGGACUGGGACUGCUCGCACCGUGACAGACGCGAGAGAAGAAGCUGCACGAAACACCUUGAAUAUCAUCGCUGCCAAUGGGAAUCGUUUGCGGGAUCUUUACUUGACCAGCAUGAUGGUAUUUAUUCAGAGUGCUGACAUUGAAUCUCAGAACGUUUUGAGCCUUCUCGGGGAAAAGGUCCAGCGCCUGUGGUUCGGCUUCUGGGAGCUUGUGUUCAUGUCCGUGAACUGUCAGAGUUCCCGCUCCAAACGCAGAGGGAAAGGCGGGAAGUUGGACAAGCUUAAGCAGCAUCAGGCUGGCAUUACAAGCUUACUCGACGCCCAAGGCAAGUUGUGGCACAUGGGAAUUCUUAGACCUGUUGUCUUCUUGCCAGCCAGACCUCAGAAUGUUAUUGGAAUGUUGCACUGGCAAGCGCCCAUUCUCAAUAUCCGUCACUGCGAGCAAGCGGCCAUCUGGGUCUCCACGUCCAUUCGGAACCCCGCCAUCGGUCUAAGGCAGUUCAUCAUUUCUGAUGCACUGACACUCUUCCAUGCUACUCCUGUAGUUGCUUUCCAUCUUCGGAUCAAGACCCGUCUAUAUGCGCACUUCACAUCCCGGGAAACAUAUUAUAAGACCGGAAACGCCACCUGUGUUGUCCGCUCAGGCGAGGCCCAUUUCCCCAGAAUACCUCUGCGACAUAUUCUUCCUCUUCCGGGAAAGGCUAUGGCUGGAAACUCCGCACCGAAUGGUCUCGAGCUCCGUGGCUUGUUUGUAUCUGAGGAACUGUCAGACUUACAGUCUCAACAUAUGGAGGAUUCCCUUAGCUGGGCCGAGUCUACUACUGGCCCAUCGCAUGAAGCAAAGUGGACGGUUGUCUGCAAAAUCAACGGAGAAAUAAAGGGCACUGCUGUUGCUGCACAGAAGAGCGUAGGAAGAGAAGAGGCUGCGAAACAAGCUCUGGUCGCCCUAGGCCAAGAAGUCUAG